UUUGGACGCAAAUUAUACUUCACCAUGGCUUCCUUGAAUUCCUAUCUACUUUUUAUUUUUGCCCUUGUCCUUGUGCCGCUGUUUUUCAUAGUACCGGCAUUUAUAUCACCGCUGCGACGCGUGCCUGCAGCUCACCCGCUGGCUCAAUUCUCCUCUGCUUGGAUACUCUGGAAGCGUUUCCGAGUUGUGGAAAAUGCGACCAUUAAGGCAGUGCAUGACCGGCUUGGGCCGGUGGUAUUGCUGGGGCCAAAUGAAGUCAGUGUGAAUUGCGUUAAGGGUGGACUUUCGACGGUGUAUGGAGGAGGCAUGGAGAAGCCGACAGGGAAGGACGGAUGGUAUGGGAACUUUACGAAUUUCAAUGUCAUGAACAUGUUCGCAACAUCAUCGGGGAAAUUGCACUCUCAGCGGAAACGUAUGAUCUCCAACAUCUAUUCGAAAUCAAACAUCCAGUCAUCGAGGGAGCUGGCAGCCCGGAGUUCCAUCAUCUUUCAUAAGCGCAUAUUACCAAUGCUUGAUGGUAUAUGUAGUGGGAGUAUGUCUGGUGGCUACCGGCAUACGCAUGGCGUAUGUGACAUGUAUCUUGUGUUAUGCGGCAUGACAAUGGACAUUGUUACAUCCUAUAUCUUUGGAUUAUCGGUAUCCGCAAACUUCACCGAGAAUCCUAUAGUAUGCGGACACUUCAUGCAUAACUAUAACUCGCGUCAUGGCUAUAGCUUCUGGCCAUUCGAGACACCAGGCUUCUUGAGACUUAUGGACCGAUUCGGGCUGCGAAAGUAUUUUGUGCCAGAUCUGGUCGCAAAAGCAAACGGCGAGAUUGAAGAGUGGACCAUGAUUAUGGUUGAUGGUGCAAGGAAGCUUCUGGAUAGUGGUGUUCAACAAGAUCCUGAGAACACCCCGAUCGUCUACCAGCAACUACGCUUAGGGCUCGAGAGAGAGGCAGCGAAAACUGGAUCAAAUCGAUCAUCUCAUGAACAGCGGCUGAUGAUCGCUUCUGAGCUACUGGACCAUUUCGCUGCGGGUUUCGACACGUCGGCGAUCACCUUGACCUACUUGGUGUGGGAGCUGUCACGACCACAUAAUCAACACCUACAAGGGAGACUGCGUAAAGAGCUUUUGACGUUAUCACCGAUUCUUUCUGCGUCAAAACCGGGAAGUAUGGACAUCCCAGACGCGAAAUCAGUGGACUCGCUGCCUCUACUCCAAGCCAUCAUUCAGGAGGUAUUACGUCUUCACUCAGCAAUCCCUGGGCCUCAACCACGUGAGACGCCAGUCGGAGGCGCUUUCAUAGGCCCUGAUGUUCAGACAGGUUCCACCAGCCCUCAGUCAGGCAGAACGUACUUCAUCCCAGGACGUGUUCGUGUCAGUGCAAAUGCGCUAACACUGCACUCUAAUCCUGAUGUGUUCCCUGACCCUUCUAAGUUCUCUCCUGAGCGAUGGUUGACUACUGAGGGCGAAGCGAGGAAGGAAAUGGACCGAUGGUUCUGGGCUUUUGGCAGCGGGGGGAGGAUGUGUGUUGGUAGUAACCUGGCUAUCUAUCAAAUGAAAUUCAUCAUCGCGGCGAUUUAUACUAGCUACAGGACUCAUAUCAUUGACGAUACUGGCAUUGAACAAGAAGAUGCAUAUACUGCGCGUCCUCGAGGCCAGAAGCUAAUGAUUAAGCUGGAGCCUGUGAGUAACAUAUGAAGCUGCUAGUCUCCAAAUGUAGGUCUCGAGACUCAUAUCAAUGCCUGUGAGGUUGUAAAAGCAAGCUUAGCCGGGUUAGUUUCACGCGGGCUGCCUUGCAUGAAGGAUUCAAC